AUAUUGUUCUGUUAGUGGUGACGACUUGACAGGCCGAUCGAAUCUCAAGCAAUUGACUUGAGCAUUCUGAGCUUGAUAUAAUGAAUGCAACGCAAGCUAUCCGCCUCACUUCUCCUUCCCCUUGUUGAUUUUGUAUCCAAAACAUCAAACGACUACCCUUGGACCAAAGAGGCAACCGAGCACGUGUGCACUUGCCAGUUGGGCGCAUAAACAGUCUCGCCAACAAAUACUAAAGUAUCUCGAAAUAAGGUCUAGCCGACAAGACAAUCUUUUCUUGGCUCGCUUGUUCAGCGGGCCUUGUCAAUUGUCCGGUUCGAACUGCCUGUACCGGAUAGCAUUUGACAGCAAGCGCUCGCGUUCAAACCCCUAUUGUUGAUCAGAUGAAACCAAAAUUCCCCACUCACGAUUGCCAGGAAACUACGAGGCAACCGCUGGCGACACAACCCCACCUAAACCACAGAAUCUCGCGCUAUCCGUAACCAGUAUUGCGAUGAAAACGACCGCACCCGCGGAUAAGACGGCAUAUUUCGUCUAUACCUUCACCCACACCUUUAAAUUUACAGGCGUAGAAAACAAUGCGGGUACGAAGCAACAAGUCAUAUUACGGCUGUCAAAGGAGACCUUGGUGGGGUUGUCUCGAGUAUAACGAAUGCCUACGACUCGUUUUAAGUAGCGUUGUGGAAGAGGUGGUGAUAAAAGGUUGCUGAGCACCAAAGAAAAGCUUAAAAGACGGAUCGCCGCUGAUUUUUGCAAAAUAACUUCAAGAUAUGGCCAGGCGCCUUCGUUUCUACACAUAUCCUGGUGAUAUUCCUUUGGUGCAGGUCAACAUUACUUCCAAUAUCCAACUCAAAGAACCAGGUCCAGCGUCACCGACACGACAAUGGGCUACUACACCGACCACCUCAAGCCCCAAGCGGCAUCAACCCGCCUCAUCCGCGCCUUGACAAACUUUCUCUCUCUUCAAAUUAUUGCUCUGAAUCUCGCCUUUCCCAUCCUCGCCGCUCCCGCUCCCAAAAAGGCCACGUCGGACACUACGCAAACCACCACCCCCUUCAUCGAGCCAGCCACCUCCGUACCCAUGCAGCGCUUCUUCGGCGCCAGGACGAGCUUCGCGCUCGGUCUGGCCUUGCCCACGGCGCAAAACUCGACCUCCUUCCUGGGGCAAAUGUCCUUCCCGCUCGCCAACGGCGUCGGCUGGGGCGCCAUGGGCUUCACCGGCAGCAUGGAGGGCAACUUCAUCCUGGCCGUGUGGCCCGACGGAGCGGGCGGCGUCACGGCCAGCUUCCGCCAGGCCACCAACGAGGACGACCCUCCCGAGGUGACGGGCAAGUUCAAGGUCCGGCCCAUCGCCAAGGGGGUGGUGGUCAACGACACGGCGCUGACCUACACCUUUCUCUGCGAGGACUGCCUCGACGCCGCGCUUGGGCUGGGCGUCGAGCAGACCGCCGCCGACGCCGUCAUGGGCUGGGCGCUCUCGCACAAGGCGGUCCAGAACCCCGCCGACCCCGGUGCCUUUCUCGGGUUCCACGAGCGCGGGUUUGGGCCCUUUACCGCCAGGCUUGCGCAGGCAAAGGCCCCCGACGAUGUCUUUAACGCCGUGGCUGCCUCCGCCGGCGCGCCCGUCCAGUCGAGUCGCAAGGCCAGGGCGCCUACACCUGGAGCGUUCCAGAACGGCAGUGGAGAUGAAAGUGACGGGAAGAGCGGGAACGAGAAGGACAAGAACAAGGGCAAGGACGACAAUGACUCUGACAGCGAUUGAUGGUUGAUGGUUGAUUGUUGUUGAGGUUGGAACAGCCAAGUAAUGGUCGGUGAUUACUUGGCUGGUGAUGACGCCGGCAAAGUUCAUUUGUGGACGGAGCCGGUGUUUGAGAGAUCUGCCAAUUCGUCUAGAUGGCGUUUGUAUGGUACUAUCGAGUGAUCAAGUUAUUCAUCAUUCCGUAAAUAUGAAUCACUUGCUGGAGUCGAACGGGACUAUCGAACUUGACGCAAAGAGUCCAGUUCGGCGUUUGCAUCAAGUUCAGUAAACCACAAUAGAUGAUGUCCUGUCACACCACAUCCUUUGGGUCGUCAGACCUGAGGAGCAUGAUUGAAUUUAUAUCCGGCUGAAUUGAAUUUCUUCGAUCGUAUUGCAGGCGUGCAUUUCAUCUUCCAAAAUCUUUGUAUGGGAUUUGCGAUAAAAUCCAAGCAUUUUGACUUCCAAACGUCUUAUACGAGAUUUGGUAUCGUAUGGCAAGUUAUUAUUUUCGUGUACAACAAAC